UUGCUGUGUAUAAUAGUAGCUGAUGAAGGGGAAAUUGCUGCAUUUAAAGACUAUAAUGUUGAAAAUAUUGAUGGAAUAUUCCAGCUUGUGCAAGGUACGGGUCCUGAUGGGCAGAUUCGGGCUGAAGAUGUCAUGAACUUUUCACCGACAGCUGUGGUACAGGCACCAGCUGUUGGUGCACCUUCCGCUCCAGGUGCAUUUGUAGAUAUUCCAGUAUCUGGCAUGAGAAAGACAAUAGCUAAGAGGUUAACGGAGUCCAAACAGACUAUACCCCACUAUUACCUUACAAUAGAUGUCACACUUGAUAAAACAUUAGGAUUAAGAAAAGAACUAAAUAGUUUAUUAGCUAAAGAUAACAAAAAAAUCUCUGUGAAUGAUUUCAUCAUAAAAGCAUCGGCGUUAGCGUGUAAACAGAUACCUGAGGCUAAUUCAUCAUGGCAGGAUAGUUUUGUUAGGCAAUAUAAUACAGUUGAUAUAAAUGUUGCUGUGGCAACAGAUGCUGGGCUUAUCACACCUAUAGUUUUUAGAGCCGAUCUAAAGGGUCUUGCACAGAUUGGUGAUGAUGUAGGAAUGUUGGCAGCUAAAGCCAGAGAUGGCAAAUUACAACCACAUGAAUUCCAAGGUGGUACAUUUACAAUCUCUAACCUGGGUAUGUUUGGUAUAAAGUCAUUCUCAGCAGUUAUCAAUCCACCACAGGCGUGUAUUCUGGCAGUAGGUGGGGCUGAAAAGAGAUUAGUGGUGGACGAGGACAGUAGCUCAGGUUUCACGGAAGCGACAGUGAUGUCAGUGACAUUGAGUUGUGACCAUCGGGUGGUAGAUGGCGCUGUAGGUGCCAAGUGGCUAGCUGAGUUCCGUAAAUAUCUCGAAAACCCAUCAACAAUGUUGUUAUGAGGAAAAUUAUCUCCAAGUUUUAGAUUUUCUAUGUUAGAAAUGUUUUUAAUAUUUAUAGACGGGCCUCGCAUAGAAAGUGCUACAGACAGUGCUAAGGUUCUAUGCAGUUUGACUUUUCUGAUUUAAUUCUUGUUCUGAUUUAUAUAUGUUCAUAAUAUUGUUACAGUGGUAAUAAUGCAAAGUUGAGAGUCAAUUGCUCUCCGUAAAUUGUAAAAUUGACUGUAGAAUUAAGAAUAGCCAGUGUUAAAGCAGCCCUGUGUGAUUUUUAAAAAGCAUUUUAAUUUUUCAUGGUUUAGCAAAUGUAGAGAGUUAUAAAUUCUGUGAUGGCAAGGAAUUCUGAUCUUCAAAAUAAUAAUGUUUAAUUAACUUAAAUUUUUUUUUGGCUGCAACUUAUUACAAACAAUACUACAUUCAUUUGCAAAUUUAUAUUUAUUAAAUUGAAAAGUCACACUGAAUUCAACUAUGCAUAUUAAAGUUUUUAAUGGAAAACUUUGUCAAAAAAUGCUCUGCUGAGUGAAAAAGUGGAAAAAAGACAGGAUUUAAUGAACCCAUUUGUUUUUAUAUAGAGAUGUUACGUAGUUAUGUGUUACUAUAGAUAGAGAACAAAUUCUUUUUAUUGGUUAUCCUAUUUUAUGGUACAUUAUUUAUUUUUCAUAAAAUCUGGAAUGAAAAUCAUUUCUGUUGUGUUAUUUGUUAGUUCUAAGAUGUAUUUGUUUAAAUAAGUAGCAUCUUUUUAUGUGUUAAGAUGUGACAGCUGACUGAUUAAUUACCAAAAUCUAGCCUUACAUAGAUGAAUUUAAACAUUGCAAUAUUUGCAGGAGUUGAAUUGAUAUAUUUAAGAAAUCUUGUGUGGGCUCUUCCUGAUCAAGUGGUUAGGGUAGCUGAAUUCUCAUCACCUGCCCUCAGCCCUGUGGGUUCAAAUCCUGCUGAGGACUUAAGAUUAUUCAUACUAGAAAGCUAUCCAGCUUGUUAAUGAAAGGUGAGUUCAUGCUAAUGAACAAGGGAGCAUUUGUGGUCUUCCUCCUCCAGUAAAGAUGAAAAGUCCUCAUAGUGUGGGUAGGACUAAAAGUGGAUUGGUCUACAAUGGGCAGAUUUUCAGUUAAUAUUUCAAAUAUACAUGUAGAUAAAAACAAUAGAAAUGUAUCAUUUGGAUAUUCUACUGAAAUAUUACCUUUAAAAAAUACUUGUAUGUUAUAUUGGAUCAUAAAUAUCACAUUUGUCAACAACAUCCAUAAAUGAUUCUUUCGUGGUUUGUGGUUAUGUAUGAUACUAAAUAAUAUCAACAUAAUUUAUUAAUGGUAUUUCAUACCUUCCAUUAUGGACCAAUCCACUUUAAAACUCAAUCAGGCAACAUAAUUUGUUUACAGUGAAAACAAAAUUGAAAAAUUACUUGAGAAAAAGAAAUAAAUAGGGUUUUCAGUUAAUAAAAAUAGAUAUAGUUAGAGGUAGAUUGGUGUAGUGAGUAAUUGCAAGUUAUUUUGUAGUUUUUGUUAAAGAAAUUUUUUGUAAAACUUUAAUAUCAAAAUUUAUGCAACAUGACAUAUUAUGUAGGCUUGAGUAAAAUUUUUGUGAUGAGGCAUUGGUAAGUGUGUUGAGAAUAAUAAAUAGGUAUGAAAUAUGUAUUAAACAUUUGAAUUGUAGAUUAUUUUAAAACUUUCUUCCCAUAUUGUACAUGUAUAUAAAAUGCUGACUUUGUAAUUUGUCAAAUGUUAAUGAGAAAAUUUAGUUACUAUGGUUACACUAUCUGUUGUUAUACAUAAUUAUCUAUGGCAAUAAACACUUCUGUACACAGGUGCCCGCUCAUGUCUGUGUUAAGGCCCUUAGUUAGAGAUACAGGAGGUGUUACUGAUCCAGUAAAGCUGGAAAGUCACCAUGUAACAUUAACAAUUGACUGUGUGACUUAGCCUAAAUUAAAAUAACCUUUCAGUAUAUAUUUUAGUCAUUAUUUGGACAUUCAUUAUUAACUCAAAGACCCCUUGAUUAAUAUUUUAUGUUUUAAGAAUUUUAACUCACAACAAUUAUUUAUUCACAAGUUAAUAUAUUUAUAAACAAUGACAAUUUAGUUAAUCUGUAUGUAUAGUCUUAUUAAAUGCUAUUCGGUACUUUCAUUUUCUAACGUGACACUUUGAAUUUAUGGGGCGUCCGUGUCCGAGUGGUUACGGUUGAUGACUUCAAACCACUUACCCCUCACCGCUGUGGGUUCGAAUCAUGACAGGGACUUUGGAUUUUUUCAUAUGAGGAAGCUAUCCAGCUAGCUUACGGAACGUCGGUGGUUCUACUCAGGUGUCUGAAAUAAUGCACUGAAGGUCAUCCUCCACCAGUAAAGCUGGAAGGUCGCCAUAUGAUCUAUACUGUGUCGGUGCGACAUAAAACCCAAUCAAACAAACAACACUUUGAAUUUAUAAUUUAAACCAGCUCAGCAUGAGUAGAGCAUAAAGCAUAUGUUCUUAUGACAUGUCCGUAUACUAGGGGGGUAAUUAAGACCUUAAACAAGCUCAGCAUGAGUAGAGCAUAAAGCAUAUGUUCUUAUGACAUGUCCGUAUACUAGGGGGGUAAUUAAGACCUUAAACCAGCUCAGCAUGAGUAGAGCAUAAAGCAUAUGUUAUGUCCGUAUACUAGGGGGGUAAUUAAGACCUUAAACUCCUGGAACUAAAAUUAAUAUGAUUUUGUUAAAUAGAGCCUUUUCUGUUUUGUUAUUAAAAUUCCUUAAAAUUCAAAUGGACUGUUCCAAAUUCAAUAUAGUACAAGUCAAUUACACAAAUUUAAAAGGGUUGAACUUUGGCCGUAAUGUUCCAUUUGUUAAGGUAUUUCCAGAUAACUAAUGUAGCACCAGUUUUGUCCCUUUGUUGAAGGCUGAAUUUUAGAAAUAAUUUUUGAGGUCAAAGAUAAUGUUAAAUACAAACCUGUAUGCCUAUUAUGAUAAAAGAAAUUAAUGUCCAAGUCAGCCAUUUUGACAGAAAAAGUUAAAGAACCCUAACUUAAUUUUUAGACACUGUGCAAUAGAUAUAUAAGACAAUGAUAUAAAAGACAUAAGAUAUAUAAGAGAAUGAGAACAGUAUUUCAAAUGACCUUUAUUUUGAUAAAAUAAUAGAAAGUACUUGUUUGAAAGAAUAUAAGAUUUUAAUUUAGUUGUUAGGUAGAAAUAGACUGAUGUUUUUGUGACAAGUUCACAAGUCACCAUUUCAAAUACAAGCAGUGAAAGGUUCUUCAUCUAUGCUUCCUGUAUAGAUCCAGGCCAGCCAAAAAUUAAGUGUUUUUUUUUAAGCUUACCCUAAGCUGACAGCUACUAAAUUUUUGUAUUUUAUUUAGAAAAAGAGAGAAAAAAUCUUGAAAUAUUUUUUCACUGCAAGGCAAGUCGACUGCACAAAUUCAGCAGCUUAAGGGUCAGCAUAAAAUGUAAUUAUAAAACUUCUUAUAUGAAUUCCUUGAAACUGUAACUAGUAUUAAAUUCCAAUGGCGCAUCAGUGGCAGAGUGGCUUCAAACAACUUCCUCCGUUCCACCCAGCCAGGAACUUUGGCCAUCCAUCUAGCUUAAGAAAUCUCAGUGCUUCAUACUUUGCAUGGAGGGGCCCCUGAGGUCUUCCUCCACCAGUAAGGCUGUAAAGUCACGGUAUGACCUCAAUUGUGUUGCUGUGAUGUAAAACACAACCAAAAACAAAAAAAGCCUUUGUAAGGUAGACAAGGUAAUAAGGAAGCAAUAAGUGCUAUAUUAAAAUACACAAGAGCCAAAUACAAGAGAUUAUUAUUUUUUGAAUGUAACAUUGUUACUUUUUAUGAUCACAUAUUUAUCUAUAUAAUUCUAAGCACAGGUGCUUGACAUCUAAUAUCCCUGUCAUACAUUCUUAUAUCUGUAAUAAACAUAAGUUGUUUUGUGUAUAUAUACUGGUAUAGGGGUAGGGUAUGGGGAGUGGGUGUUAGACGUUUGGCACCUGUGAUGCUAAGUAGAUUAAUAAAAUUAGUUUAAUUAACCAAAAUUAUCUUAUUAUAAUAAUGAUAUUCAGGUUGGUUUUUUUUUCAGAAAUGGAUAGUAUUUGUUCAAGUUAAGUUAUGCAUGUAAAGAGUAUGAUGUGAAAAAUAAAGUGGAAAGAGAGUGUAAUUAUAUAACUUGAAUGAAAUAUAAUGCUGCUUUAAAACUCAAAUUAACUAAAUCAGUUACGUUUUUUCACCAAUAACAUGUUAAAUUUCAUUCUUUGCCUUCUGGUAAAAGUGUAUUACUCACAGUUUUUGUUUUUAAUUCAAGUUACUAAACCGCUGUAUUCUUUAUAUUUUAAUUUCUCUCUUUAAUCAUUAUUGUGAACAUGACUUGAAAGUGAUUAUAGAUUUUGUUAAGUUUGCUUUAACUGGACUUGAUAAUGUAAUAAACUUGUUAAAACAGA